GCAUUGUGGGAACCGCUGAGCUUUCUUCCAUGACGUCACAACGGCGCCCUGUUAACUUACACACUCGUCAUUAAGUGGGACAGAGCGGUAUUUGAUCCCGCCGCACAGUCAGUGUGUUUUCAUAAUGGGAAGAGGUUACAUUGUAGAUGAUUCAGUAGAAAAAUACCUGGUCAGCCUCCAGACUGCAAGUUUAUCCUCUCUUACUGGCCUCUUAAUUGGACAGAGCUUACCCCAGAGGGACUUCGUGGUUCUUGCAGUCCAGACUCCCCAGAAAGCGAAAAGUGAGAGUGACCCAUCUGAAAGAAAACCUGUGCACUCGCUCUGUGACAUCGACACUGAGUGGGUCACACAACACGCCAAACAAGUUUCCUGGACUUUACCAGGAGGUUUGUCUGUGCUCGGUGUGUUUCUGAUCACUCCACCAGACCUGGAAAAAGAAGCCCAGAACACACUGAGACGGUUGGUCUUCUCUGUUGAAAAACUCAUAUCUAAGGGACGGUUAUGGAGUCUCAAUGAAGAUGAUGUGUCCGAAAGAGUAGGGCUUCACAUUUGCUCAAAAACAAGGAGAGCUGUUUGUCGAACAUUUGAUGUGCAGGAUGCCAAAAGCUCUGCUAAGCCUGCAGAUUGGAAAUACCAGCAUGGAGUGUCUGAUUCCUGGCUGGUCUUGAAGUGCUCAGUUGAGUUACAUGUUCGGUUCCCCACACCGGAUAUAACCUUAGAAAAUCUGGAAAAAAGCACAAAGGUUAGUCUUCAGAAAUGGGGAAACCAAAUUGAGUCCAGUAUUUGUCUUGUUAAUGGUGUGCGUGUAAGCAGUGACAGUGAACUCAUUUCAGGACAGAAGAAGAACACCAAGGCCUUCCCAUCAAACCUCCGGGCUCAGAUCCUUAUUCACAACCAAGGGCUUCAGCCAGAGGAGGUGCGGACCUGUGCGUCAGUACAGGUGUGCGGUGGCGUCCUGGCUCUGAGGGGGGUCGUGCACUGCAGAGCCUACAUUCACAGCAACAAGCCUAAAGCCAAGCAGGCUGCAGAGGCCUUAAAGAGGGAUAUAAUGAACACGGUGUCCUACAGAACAGAGAUGUUUUUUGAAGAUCUCCUCAUGAGCGAAGCAGAUGGGGAAAGAGGUACGAUCGGAGAGAAGCAACCCCUGCCGCAGCGGGUGUUUGCCUCUGUGCCUGGUGCCGGCUUCUGUGUGUGUGACUACAUGUUCCCCGACGAGGGCACAGCAGAGGUGAAGGAGCGCUUGAAGGAAACGCUGGACUGUGACAUCCCAGAAGAGGAAGUAGACCUGACCCAGGAGGUCAUUGCUGCUUAUUCUGAAACGGCUUCUGAAGAUCAUGCAGAUGAUGCAGACCAGCAGGGUCUACCUGAACCUGCAGAAAACCAGAAAUUCCGCCAUCAAUAUUUCGGUGUGGUGGUGGCAGCUGGAGUUGCCAUGCUUGCCACAGCAGCAUCUCUGCUCUAUCUGAGUGACUGACUGUAAGAAGAAUGCAUGCCUGCGCACAUGUGGGUGCACAAACACAGAUUUGAAAAGUAAAUAAAACCUGAAAUUCAGUUUUACAUUUGG